AUGACGGUAGUUACACUCACCUUGGCCCAGUAUGACCGCAAGUGGAGAGGGAAACCUUUCAGAUUCUGGCGACCAGUCCGAGAAUCGCUCAAGGGUGACCGAUCGGAGCCAGAACUCGGCAUGCCUCUGAUUCCUAGCGAAGAAAUGUUUGGUCCCGAAAGGACGGCAAGGUACACUAUUGAGUAUGCUGGAGGCCGCACUCUUCUACAGACGCCGUUGCAAAUCCUUGUCCGGGAGGUCAAACAUGCUCCAGGAGACCCUGCGAGCCGCAAAUUCGCACCAAGCAAUCCGGAUCAAGCGAAGAUGAUGAUCAAAGAUCAUUACAAAAUGCACAAGGAAGCCUGGGCGAAAGAGUUUAACCCCGCCUCAAAGGCCAUCCUGGCUGCCCUCGAGGAUGAGAGAUACAGGGAACACAAGCGGGCAUUGUCGGAACUGUUGGAACUCAUGGUCAGAAUCGCGCACACAGCAGGACGCCCGUCCUUUGAAAUCUCACGGAUCCCUGGAGACACGCCUGUGCCCGACGCAGAACUGCAGUAUGUGGCAUACGAGGACGAUGUCAUCCAGCAGGCGCAAAUCAUCACCCAUGUAAAUUCGCUCCUGGUGGCAGAUAAGAGCCACGUUUCCCUCAUACCGAUCAUUCAAGAUCCCAGCCCCGAGAUGCAGGAUCUCGCGAAAUUGAUCUACAACGGCCUCAAAGCAGUGGUCGAAUUAUUCUGGACAAAUGGCGAAGAGAAUCCUAGCAUCACUGAAUCCAACGUGCAUGGUUCCAGCAUCUCCGUGGUUGCUGCUGGAGACGUGCUCUGCAGAAUCAAGCUUGCUGCUGCCUUUGCUGCGUCUUCAGGAGCCAUCCCGACCCCGUUGCUGGUGCUGGUGCUGUGGCUGUCGUGUUUCUGA